GCAGCAUGUUUCCUGUGGCUCAAAGGAUGCCCCAGGCCUGCCCAGCAGGUGCCUCCUUCCCUCUCCCCACGGACAGCCCCUCCCAGUGGCCGUGGCUUCCUUGGAGUGACAUGUCUGUUCCCCUUGGACAGCAUGACAACUUUCUCUCUCUUGCAGGAGGGGCCAUGACCAGGCCCCCAGUGUUACCUCCCCAGUGGCUAACUGGGGCCAAUGAUGCUAUGAAUCUGUAACCUGACUCACCCUGCUCCUGGGCCUGGAGCAAGGGCUCCAGGUGCCAGGUUGGCAGCUGAUGAAGUAUUUGCUCUGGAGGUGGGGGGCCUGGCUAGGAGGCUUCUGCCACCCUUUGAGUCCUGAAGUCCUUGUCCCCCAGGGGACCACACAGCAAUACUUGGGUGGUGGCUAUGGGGCUGGCCUACAGCAGCACCUGCCACCACCUGUGGUGCAUUUGUAACCAGUUUCCAAAUUGCAGGAGGAAAUUGUGUUUAUCUUCUAUCAUGUCAAUGGAUACCCUGGGGUGAGUGGCCUAUUGAGUCAGAAGGAACCCAGGGAAAUAGCUAUGGCACGGAACCUCCCCCACAGGAUGCUCAGAAUGGCAGCAUAGAGCAGGCCUGUGAGUGGGAGCCCUGUAGAGCAGGGACAGGGGCUGUCCAGAUGUCUUCCUGGGUGGUUCUGACUGUAUCUUCAGCUCACUGGGGGUCUGUAGUGCCAUAAUGGGGCUGCUUCUGUCUGUUGGGUGUAUCCACUGAGCGUUCAUUUCUAGCUCCUCCACUCUCAGAGCAGAGCAGGUGUCCAUGUUUCAGGGCCUGGUUCAGGAUCCAGAAUUCCCAAGACUCCUGAUGUUCCCUGAAUUCUUAAACCAUCAACUCUCUACUCCAUUCCCAACACCUGGAGUUCUGCUUCCACCUCUGCCCAGCAGAAUCCAGCCCAGGUGACCAGAGUGGCCCCUUGGUCAGCCUUGGCAGCUCAGCCUGUACCCAGUACCUUGUGGACUGGGAAAUUGGGCUCAUCAGCCACCCAGGGGUGCUAUCCAUCUGCUCCUCCCUGCCACCAGCAGGGGUGUGAGGGGUGGUCCACAGGGGUUUGGGCUGGUGCUAAGAGUUACAUAUCCAUUCCUCCCUCACCUGCUCCCUGCCAUUUGCCCAGACUGGAUGUUACUGGUGGCCACAUGGACCUUCGGGACCAUUGUAUUGUCUGUGGAAGGAAGUUGGACCAGAACAGCCACAGCCCACACCCCCGUCCUCCAUCUCUGCUGGCCUAUGCCCACAUCCAUGUGGGUCUCUUGGUGCUCAGUGGCUGAGCGUCUGGAACCCUGGGCUCAGGCUUGGGUCCCCACCUCACUAGGAGGCAUCCCACACAUACCAUGCCCUUCCGUCCUGCUUCAGGCCUAGCUGGCCUGGGAGGAGAGGCUGUGGAGAGCCUGCUUCUUCAACUCAUCCUGGUGGUGAUGGCAAGUUAUUUGAGCUUGAGUUCCUGGAUGGAUGGACCAUGCACCACACUAUGACCUGAGGGCUCCACCCUUUGCCCUCCUGUCUGCCCCAACCAUCCAGUCUCUCUCUGGGUCAGAGAGACCCUGAGACCUACCCACCCCAUAUUGCCUGCACGGAGAGUCCUUACCCCAGGCCAGCAACCGUGGCCCCAUGCAGGGCACUAGGGCAGGUUCCGUGCCAGAGUCUGGGGCCAUUCAGGGGGCCUGGUGCUGGUACAGUAGGUACAUUAUAAGACCCAAGCUGGAGAGUGAAAAGGGGCCCCCACCCACCUGUCCUUCAGGUGGGGCUGUGCUGUGUCAUUCUGUCAUUGUAAUAUAAAUACAGAUUUUUAUACCUCACCCUCUGGCUUCCAGUUCUUUCCAUUACCCUGCCCUGCUUUGCUCUGUUCCCCCAACCUUCAACUAGAUGGCUUGAGCUCGAGGGCACCUGCGUCAUCCUGGCACUUGGAGAUCAGUCCUAGCUGCCCUGUCCUUAGCCUCUGCUGUCUGGGAGACCUGACAGACCCCACUUACCAGUCACUCCUGGGGCCCCACUGUCAGACCUGGAGUUGAAUGAAGGUGGGGUUGAACCCCCACACACACCAUGUGCUCACCUGUAUGCCAACAGGUGCUUGUGUUGACCUUCACACUUUGCCCUAGCCCUGACCUGAGGCACUGCCAGGACCAGGACGACUCACCCCUUAGGGGUUUCUGUGCCUGCCAGGUAUCUUCUUUGCACAAAAGCUGCUGCUUUCAGGACUGCACCCUGAGAACUCUGUCCUGGUCUUGCCCCCAGCAUCCCCAGAAUGACUUGGGCAUGUUUUCGCUGCCUGCUUUCAGGACCUGCCAUGUGAAGGUGGGGGUGUGGACAGCUAUCUGCUGGUGCUGGUGGUAAGCAUGGGGAGUCAGGCUCCUGUUGUGCCCUCAAGGGAGAAGCUCUAAGUUGUAAGGUCCUGUGUAGUGGGGAGGGUGGGCCACAGGGAGACUGCCUGCUGCCCCACAGGGAGGCUCUGACCUAUUGGAGGGAGCACCCCUCACCCAGGAGAAGAGAUCCUCUGAAAGACUAGCUACCCUGAAAGAAGAGUGCACCAACUCUCCUGCCAUGUAAGUGCAAUGGAGGGAGAAUGUGUGGCAUCUAGCUCUGUGGAGUUGAUGGAGGCAGGAGGCCAGACAGGGACCUCCUGAAAGGUUGGGGUCAACACUGGAUCCAUGGCAGGGCCCACUGGAGAUGGUCUGAUGGGACCUGCCUGCAGGUUUUGGAGUGGCCUUGUGAGAGAAGCUGUGGAGCCCUCUGGUGAUUCUGAGUCCUCCCCCACUUCCCCAGCAGGUAGCAGUGAACUCUGGGACCCCAGAUGCAAUUAGUGGGGGCAAAAGAAGGUAGUUCCUGCUGGGAACACCACUGGGGCUUAAGAACUGGAGGGAUUUUGGUGUUGAUGUAAAUGUGAACAUUUGAAUUCCAAAUAUUAUUAUGUGUUAGAAUCUUUACCACCACCAGUUCCUGCUGGGGUAAAGGGUGCCAGGGCUGUGCUAAGCACUUCAUAUAAUUAGCUUAUAAUUGGUGUGGUCAUGCUGAGGUAGUCUCAUAGAUAGAAAACAGAGACCCAGGGAAAGUACCCUUUCUGCAGUUCACCUAGCCAGAGGGUGGUGGGCCUGCCCUGCCCUCCUAGUCCUUCAGAUCCCCCUGCCACAUUAAUCUCUACAGUCCUUCACACUGGCUGGAUUAUACCAGCACCCCCAAAUGGGAUGCUUACCUGCAUCCCAACCUUCUCCUCCUCUCUUCUUGGCUGUCAGUGACCCCAAACUGGCCCUACUGCUCACCUCCCUAUAGUCCUCCUCUGGGUUUCCUUCAUCCCUGGGAUUGAACCCAAACACCUGCUCUUUCCUGUCUUUCACCUCAACUCAGCCCCUUGCCCCGCCCUCUGCCCUCUCUGCCUCCAUGAUCUCACAGCUCAUCAGGCCAGGUCUGCUCUGUGGAGUGUGCCCUGAGCCCUCUGUGUCCUUUCCCAUCACAAUUUUGCUGGGAUUAUGGUGCGCAAAUUAGGCGUUUGUCUAGUCUGGGCUAAUUGCUCCUUCCUCCUUUGCCAAUCCCUUUGACCAGGCAGCACAAGGCACACUGGCCUCAGGUGUGCACACUGGCCCCACAGGGAUCUUUCCAGCAUGGAAAUGGGUUAUGCAGUUCACCUGGGGAGCUGCAGUAGCUCUCAGCCCCUUUCCUCACUGCCUUCAGCCCCCUCAGCCUGUCCCAGGCUCCUCAGACCCACCAGCCCUCUUGGUCUCACUCCUCCUGGCUCCAAGGAUCCUCCACCAGUCACUGUGGUGGCCUCCUUCCUGAUAGUGCUGACCAGAACCCAGUCCUGAGUUUUCACCUUCAUCACAUGAAUGCCAGCAUGAUGGAAAACAAAUUCAUUCUUCCUCUACCCUCCUCCAACCCGUGAUCUAAACAAGGUCUUCCAUUUUCUUCUUAAUAGGAAGAAUAAGAAGAAACGUCACAUUAUCACAAUCUCCCAGAGCAGGUUCAUUGACCAGCAGGCCCCAGGGCUUGCCAGCUCCCUCUGCCCUUCCACAAUCCCCUGUUGCCUUGUGCCAGCUCGAACCUCCAUCUUUUGUCACUUCUGUUACUACAGAAUAAAACUUUUAACACAUGUCUGAGAAUGUCACUCCCCAGCUUAAAAAAUGCUCCUUCCCUAUUGCUUGGAGAACAGAGUCACACCACCUCCACUGAAAACUACAACUAAAAACAAUCUUUAACAUGGCAUUAUUACUUGCAAAGUUUGACAACAACCCAAAAAGACUGUCCAAAACCUUAGAUAGUUUUUAAUAUUGAUAGGAGGAAAAAAAAGUUUCCACCAGGAAGGAAAAAAGGCAAAUAGUAAAAACAUUAGUCUUCACGGCCCUGUGUUUAGGUCUGGUUAGUUCAUUAUAUUCUUAUGGGCUAACCUAGGGAGAAUUAAUUCCUGGGUCCCCUCUACUUUCUGGCACCAUUGAAACCCCAAAUGAUUUUGAUUGGAAGAAAGAAAGCUUGCCUUGGAAAUAUUUGAUUUCUUAAAUUCCAAAUAAAACCCUAAGAAAACUUUCCAGGUCUGUACAGUUACCCCUCUUUCAUUUGUUAUUUGUACUCUGGGAGCUGAUGCUGUUAUAAUUUUUACUUUGUUUUUAUGGCCCCACAAACACCCUUCAAACAAAUAACUGCCCAGCAACUCAAAAUCACAUGGAGAGUUUCUGGACUCAAGAAAUCCCCCAGGAGUCACUGGGAAAAGUGGUUUUCCAGAAGGGCUUGGGGGCUCAGGAUCACACCCCCUUCCUCUUGAGGCUCUCCUUCCAGUAAGUAGCCCCUGUCUUUCUGCAUCUUUAGUCUCUUCUGCAUUCCUCUUCACAAUCUAUAAAUAUCCCCAAGUUCCUCCCAUUUUAAAACCAAACCAAACCAAAGUAAAACUCCUCCCUUAGCCCUGCCUUCCCACCCCCUCAUCUCGUGUCAUUUGGCUGUCUUUCUCUCUCUCUCCCACAGUCUUUGCCUCCUCAGCAAAAUUUUAGGUCAGUACCGCCUGCAUUUCCUCUGGCCAAACCCACUCAACCGGCUGUCUGCUUACACCCACCUCCAGGAAGGCAGCAGGGGUCCUCUUGGACCGGCCCCUCUUGUUUCCCUGCUCACAGACUGGGUAUCAUUCCAUGAAUUUCCCCCCUGUAUUGUUUGUUUUAUUUAGAUCAUUCUAGGCUUUAUUGACUUUUAAAAGAGGAUAAAAAAGUAAAACAAAUUAAGAAUUAACAGCAAGUAUCUUGACUCGAGCAGGAUUCAUAUCUGCCUACAAACAAAAUUUUUUUUUCUCUCGCUAAAAACAUUAAGAAAAAUGAACCAGAAUGACUUCUAUCUAGUCACAUUAGACUAGACCAUUGUCUAAGAAGCUUCCUUAGAAUCAUUUGUCACCGCAAGAGGGGUGUAGUGACUAUUUUCUAAUGACCAAAGCCCGCACCUUGCAAAUGUAGAAGUUAACUUACAGAAGACUGGUAAAUUGCAAAUGAGUUUUGGUACGGAUGCAAACAAAUUCUGCCCCAUACAAAUAUAUUCUGUUCAAUAGGAAUGAUAACCCCGGAAGGUCCCGUUUCACGGGAUUGUAGGGCAUCCACCAGAUUUGCAUCAAAUUUAGCAAGCAGUUUAUUUCAGCAUUUUUUAUUUCAUUGACUGCCUAUGUCUUUUCUGGCAUCCGCCUUGGAAAGAGCGUUCUGUUCUCGUUGAGUUACGUACAUCCUUGACACCAACUCCAUGCUUAUGUGGGUUAUACUUUGAAUGUUUUGGAAAGGGAUUGUUGGGGGAGUCAGCUUUUGAUCAGAGGUCAGGUGAAGGCUUGGGAGUUAAGUGCUUUUGCAAAGACUCAUUGUAAAGGAGUCUUCAGACAAUACUCGCUAGCCCUUCAAACGUGCCAGGCGCGAUUCCGACUGGGUCCGGGCCUCGGGCGUCUGACGUGGCCCAUUUCUGGCGCCCUGCCAGGUCACGCCCCAGGGGAGCCACAGACUGGGUCCGCGAGCCCAACGGGCCCAGUCUUCUUGUUCCCUAAAAGUGACGUGCCAGGGUUGGAAUUCCUGGUACCGAGCGCAGAAGCGUAAAUAGGACCGGAAUACGAUUCACGAGGGGGCGCUGCUGGCGAAGACUAAGAAAUGAAGGGCUCAGCGGGACAAUGAACGCGAGCUUGGGGCGGAGCGAAUGGGGCGGGGCCUCCUGCAGCGUAGCCAAUCAGCUUGCCCUAUAGGGGCCGCCGGGUCAGGGGCGGGGCCCUCUCAGCUCCGCCCCAAGCCUCACUGGCUCGGCUCCCUCGGGCACCACGCCUGCGCAGACUGCUCCACGCCCACUCGCCCCCCACCGCCGCGCGUACGUUCCGGCGCUCCCGUGAGGCAUUGCGAGGCGCGCGGGGUGCAGCCCAGUGGACGCGGUCCCGAGCCGAGGAAGAAUCACAAUAGAUUCUAAAAAUAUUUUCCCCUUCUCUUUGGACUUACGUAAAAAUUGGUUUUGUUUCUACUUGGAUUUAUUUUUUAUAAAUAUAGCACCAUAAACCCAUAUCAGAUACAUAAAACUGGGGUGGUAAACCAUGAGUUCUGGGUAUGAAUUUGUGGAAACAUUAAAAAAAAUUGGUUAUCCCAAAGCUGAUAUUCUUAAUGGAGAAGAUUUUGACUGGCUGUUUGAAAAUGCUGAAGAUGAAUCAUUUUUGAAAUGGUUUUGUGGGAAUGUGAAUGAACAGAAUAUAUUGUCUGAAAAAGAAUUAGAAGCUUUUAGCAUUCUUCAGAAAUCAGGCAAACCCAUCCUAGAAGGGUCAGCAUUGGAUGAAGUUCUUAAAACCUGUAAAACUUCUGAUCUGAAGACACCUAAACUGGAUGACAAAGAGCUAGAGCAAUUAGAGGAUGAGGUUCAAACUCUGCAGAGAUUAAAAAACCUAAAAAUCCAGCGACGCAAUAAAUGCCAGUUGAUGGCUUCAGUAAGUAGCCACAAAUCUCUGAGAUUGAAUGCUAAAAAAGAAGAAUCUACUAAAAAACUGAAGCAAAGUCAAGGAAUUCUAAGUGCUAUGAAUACUAAGCUCAGUAAUGAACUUCAGGCCCUUACUGAUGGAGUUACUAAAUUGAUGAUGUUCUUUAGACAUUCUAAUUUAGGUCCAGGAACAAAUCCAAUGGUGUUUUUAUCUCAGUUUUCCUUGGAAAAAUAUCUAACCCAAGAAGAGCAAAGCACAGCAGCAUUAACCUUGUAUACCAAAAAGCAGUUCUUUCAGGGUAUACAUGAAGUAGUUGAAAGUUCAAAUGAAGAAAAUUUUCAACUAUUAGAUAUACAUGCUCCAUCUAUUUGUGAUAAUCCUGAAAUCCUUGAGGAGAGACGACUAGAGAUGGCUAGGCUGCAGCUAGCAUACAUCUGUGCUCAACAUCAGUUGAUUCACUUAAAAGCAAGUAAUUUGGGCAUGAAGUCAAGCAUAAAAUGGACAGAGGAGAAUCUUCAUAACCUCACCAGCAAGGCUGUUGGCAAAGAAAAUUGGGAGGCUAAAAUUUCUAGCUUGAACAGUGAGAUUCUGAAACUUGAAGAACAAAUCACUCAUAUAAAAUACAAAACUUUGCCUGCUGUGGUAAAAGAGAAUGCCCAGUUAUUGAAUAUGCCAGUUGUAAAGGGAGAUUUUGAUCUGCAGAUUGCUAAACAAGAUUAUUACACAGCAAGACAAGAGUUGGUUUUAAAUCAGUUGAUAAAACAAAAGGCAUCAUUUGAACUUGUACAGUUAUCAUAUGAACUUGAAUUAAGGAAACAUUGGGACACAUAUCAUCAGCUUGAAAACCUGGUUCAAGAACUUAGUCAAAGUAACAUGAUGCUCUACCAGCGAUUAGAAAUGUUAAGAGAUCCAUCAGUCUUUCAGGAAAUAAAUCCAAGGAAUACCAUUGAUACCAAGGAUUAUUCUACUCAUAGGCUUUAUCAGCUUUUAGAGGGAGAGAAUAAAAAAAAAGAAUUGUUUAUAACUCAUGGAAACCUGGAGGAAGCAGCUGAGAAAUUGAAACAGGAAGUUUCUCUAGUACAAGAUCAGUUGGCAAUAUCUGCUCAAGAACAUUUUCUUUUUCUGUCCAAAUUGAAUAAUAACGUUGAUGUGCUUUGUGAUGUUUUGUAUCAAGGAGGAAAUCAGCUUUUGCUUAGUGAUCAGGAGUUAACAGAGCAGUUUCAUCAAGUUGAAUCCCAACUGAAUAAGCUAAAUCAUCUCCUUACCGAUAUUCUUGCUGAUGUGAAGACAAAAAGAAAAAUUUUGGCAACUAAUAAAUUGCAUCAAAUGGAAAGAGAAUUAUAUGUAUAUUUUUUAAAAGAUGGAGACUAUCUGAAAGAUGUCGUGGAGAAUCUAGAAAACCAAUCAAAGAUUAAGGCUGUUAGUCUUAAAGAUUGAAAAUUACUAAAAACUGAAUCUUUAUUUCCCAUGCUGUUUUAAUGCUUUAUGUAAUAGAAUGAGAAUGUAUCUAAUAAACAUGACUAUAUUUUAAAAUUUGAGAUCAAUGGAAUAUUUCGUUUAAUGAAUCCAAGUGUUACAGAGGUUGAAUAUCCCUAAUCAGAAAAUCCAAAAUGCUUCAAAACCUGAAACUUUUUAAGUGCAGGCAUGACACCAUGAGUGGAAAAUUUCACAUCUGACUGCAUGUUACCUAAUACAGGUGCACUAAGAAUAUUGUAUAAAAUUAUAUGUGUAUAAGUUGUAUAUGAAACAAGCAAUUUCAUGUUUAUACUUGGUUCCCAUCCCCAAGAUAUCCCAUCUUGCAUAUGCAAAUAAUCUAAAAUCUGAAGUACUUUUGAUCCCAGACAUUUCAGAUAAGAGAUAUUCAACUUUUAUUGUUUUUUCCCCCCUUAUAUAAUUGUUCAAAGUACCAGUGCUUUGAUUAUUUGCUAGAUGGCACUUAGUUUGGUAAAUGUUUGCUUACAGUAACACAAAUAUUUUUUAAGUUUUUCUUUUACUAUUUUUUUAAAAGUAGAAGCUGUUAAGUAUUUAUAAAAAUGUGUAGAACUUUGAAUUGGCCUUUUUCAGUCUAUAGACCUUAAUGCACUAGUGCCUCCUUUUUGAGUUGCUUUCCAAGGUUUUAUUUUCUGGAGGUCAACUAUGAUCUAAAAAUAUUAACUGGAAAUAGUAAGUUUUUGAAAUAUUUUUAUUUGCUCUUUUUUAGAAAUAUAUGACAGUAUGUUUUGACAUAUUAUACAUACAUGGAGUAUAACUUAUUCUAAUUAGGUUCGCAUUCUUGUGGUUGUACAUGAUGAAUUUCACUGCUCGUGUGUUCAUAUGUGCACAUAGGAAAGUUUUGUCCAAAUCAUUCUGCCUUUUAUGUUCCUGUCUCCUCUCCCUUCCCUUCUUUCCCAUUUGUCUACUCUAGUGAACUUCUAUUCUUCCCGCCCUCUGUUAUGUGUGAGCAUCCACCUAUCAGAGAGAACAUUUGAUCUUUGGUUUUUUGGGAUUGACUUAGGAAAUAGUAAGUUUUAAGUUUUUAAGUUGCGUGCCACACUAUAGUGUGAUGAAAUCUCAAACCAUCCCGCUUGGUUUAUGAAUCAUUCCUUUUCUCAGCAUAUCUGAGUUGUAUAUGCUACCUGCCCAUUAGUAAGUUGGUAACCUUGUCAUUUAUCAGAUGCUUAGAGUUCAAUAAGGUCUGUAGUUUCAGUCAUGUACUGGGGUUUGGAAUGUAUCCCCCAUGGGUAAGAAAGGACUACUAUAUAUGAAAUAGCUAAAUUCCCUUAUAGUUACUUAAACUGUAUUUUCUCCUAAUUCCCUGCUAUAGACUUUGAGACACUGAAUAUUCCUACUUGUAAGAGUGUCAGGACUCCACUGGCCAUUUUCAUUUCAGGCACUGGGUUCUGGGAGCCAAUGUUUCUGCAAGAGAGCUCUCAGUAGUGUUUUGUCUUUAGGUCAUAAAUAGCUUUCAAAUGAAAUUUGAAAUUUAAAUUUCAAAAUCACAUAAAAGUGGUUGCUAAGAGGAUUCAUGAUGAACAUUUGAAUUUUCUUAGGAGUGAAAAUCUUUAAAUGAUGGAAUAUAUUUAAUAUGGGUUAUUAGUGUAGAUUUGGACAUUAUUUUAAAAAUUAGUAUAAAAUAAUUUUGAGUACUUGAUCAGUUAUAUGAAAUAGUCCCUGAAAGCCCAGUUUAUACAUGGUCUUUGUUAAACAUGUUGUGAACUUUGUAUGGAUAACCUUUAAGAAUAUUCCCUGCUUGUUAUAUGGAAUGACUAUCUAAAAACUAUUCAUACCAGGUGUUUUUUAAAAGUUUCAGAUGGUUUUUAAUAAAUGUUUCAGCUUUAUCAGGAAAUAGGCAUGCUUCAGGGACAAUAAGCCCCAUUAAUUUUGUAAUCCAUUGAACAAAAAGGUUCUUACCAAUUUUUGUAUCUGUUAUUUUAAAAAAAUAUUUUUAUUAAGUAAUAAACUUGAAAUUUUUUAACACUAAAUUUUGUGUAAUAUUUAGCUAUCAGCUUCUCAUUUGAGUGAUUUCUUUGCUAUUUAUUUUUUCCUGUUCUGUUUUUCCUAUACUAUUAAACAGUACUGUUUAAAUUAGUGCCAGAUAAUUUAGAUGUGUGACCAGAUGUUUGAUCUGCACUGUCCCUACUUAUACUUUUACCUGCUUAGUCCAGUAGGGCUGAGCCAGUGGGGCUUAGUAGGGCCAAUAGGGUUGAGCAAUAUAAGGAUGGCAGUUGUGUGUUUUCCAUAAUAACCCAAAUCAGUUGUAAUUGUGUUUUCAGCUUUGUAUACUUCAAGGUUAGUAAAAGACAUUUUCCAAAACUGAGGAUGUGUUUGAGUAGGUUGUUUACUUCAAAUUGGUUAACUUCAUAAUUAGUUCUUCUGUUUACUAUUAUCCCAAUUGAACUUCUAGUUAUUGUUUUUCUUACUAUUUAUUUGUAUUACAAGAUGAUUGAAACCUGUA